UUUUCUUGUUUUCUUAAUAUUCAGCUUACUUCUUUGACUCUUUAGUUUAAAUCCAAGAAUAGUCGUUUAUGCUGAAAAUUGAGCGUUCACAAACUGAAGAGUGAAGCUUCCUCUAGAUUUCCAUGUUUCAGCUUAGCAAGCUUUUAGUUUCGUGAUGUCCCCUGCCGAUUGUUUACUUUUUAAUUUAAACCCAAGAAUAGUUGUUUCCUGUUAUUUUCGCAGAAAGUCAUGUUUAUAGAUAGUUCUGUGUUGAAAUUGAACGUUGACAAACUGAAGAGGUUGAAACUUCCGGUCGACUUCCAUGGUUCCGCUUAGCAAGCUCUUAAUUUCGUGACCCAAUUCCAGGUUUCUAAAUUCACAACCUACGAAAGCCUUGCAAAGUUGGGUGAUUUCCUUAUAAGAAAUGGAAAAAGAGCAAGAAUCAGAGUGGCUUGAAGCACAGAAGAUCAUCAUAAGUGAAGACCUCGUAGCUGCAGCAAAAGCACAGUUGCAAUUCCUUGCAGACGUUGAUCGAAAUCGUUAUCUCUAUGAUGGUCCUGUUCUGCACUAUGCAAUUUACAGGUACAAGGUUUGCUGGCUUCCCUUGCUUGCCAAACAUAAUGAGUCUUGGGUUCUAGAAGGGCCUUUGGUUGUGCCACUUGAUUGUGAAUGGAUUUGGCACUGUCAUAGGCUUAACCCGGUUCGGUACAAAGCAGACUGUGAGGAAUUUUAUGGAAGGAUCCUUGACAACCGCAAUGUUGUAUCAACUAUUAAAGGGGUUUCUACAAAGGAAACUGAAGAAAUUUGGAACAAUCUAUAUCCUGAAGAUCCAUACAAACUUGAUUUGAGAAUUCCUUUAUCAAAAAAAGUUGAUGAAAACCUUUCAGGGGUUUCAAAAAGCACCAAAUACGACUUGGUUUCAGCUGUUAAAAGGCAAAGCCCUUUCUUUUACCAGGUUGACAGACCAAAUAUGAACAACAAUCUUUUUCUUCAAUGUGCCAUGGAAAGAUACAAAGGAUUUUUGCAUUUGAUCAAGAGAAACAGGGAGAGAUCCAUCAAGCGCUUCUGUGUUCCAACUUAUGACAUUGACCUUAUCUGGCACUCUCACCAAUUACAUCCUGUUUCUUACUGUAAAGACCUGGUAGAAGCAAUUGGUAAGGUAUUAGAGCAUGAUGACACAGACUCUGACAGAACCAAAGGGAAGAAACUGGAUGUUGGAUUUUCUGGAACCACCAAACAGUGGGAAGACACAUUUGGUUCAAGAUAUUGGAGAGCUGGGGCAAUGUAUAGAGGUGCUGCUCCAUCUCCUGUUACAUUAACACCAUUUUCCUCAAACUUAGUGAGCAAGAAGGUAGAUCCAUCCAAUGUGCAUCAGAACAUAAUUGAGUUUCACAAGACAAAGGUUAUGGAGGUACUUCUGGAGAUUGUGGGGGUAAGAAACUUACCAACCAGGCACAAGGGCAACCUUUUUGUUUCUUUUAGUAAGAAACAACCAGAUUUAUUCUUUAAUGUUAAGAGAAGAGUGAGUAUUUUGUCUGAGUGUGGGGAGAAACGGGUUGCUGCUUUUCAGUGCGAACCUACAGGAGAGUUAUUCUUUGAACUUGUGUCCCAUUCACCUUCCAUCUUACCCAUAUCAAGGCCGGCCAAAAUCAUGGGGACAACAUCUAUAUCUAUGUCAGACUUGCUUGACCCAGCUUAUAAGCUUUCAAUGGAAAAAUGGUUCGAGUUGGUAGCCAGUUCUGGAAUUGACUCUAAGCCAAUCUGUCUGCGCAUUGCUAUCUCUAUCACUGUCCCUGCACUAGCAGCACAGGUACUUCAUAUGGUCCGGUUACAUCCAUUGUCAAUUAAUCCCUGUUUUUCACCACUACCAGGAAGGAUCCAACAUGCCAAGAGUUGGAAAUGUGUUCUGGAUGAAAGUGGCAAGGAGAUCAUUGGUAUUAAGAUGAGGGAUACUAAAAAAACAGAGGCAGGAACCAAAUGUGUUGCAAGGAAAGAGGUGGUUGGCAUUGUUGGAUCUGGUGAAACUCAUAUUCUAGCUGAGUCUGUAGGAACAGGUUGGUCUUUGAUGGGUUCUCAUGGUUCCUUUCAUCUUCGGAAGACAUCCAGUGAACACGGUCAUAUUUUUGAGCUUAGAGGUAAUCAAAUGGUAAAACUUUUCGUUGGUAGAAGGCUGGAAUUUGAAACCACCAACUGUGAGACAAAAAAGAGUGAACGUGACUACAUGACUGCAGUUGAAUACUCAACCGAUGAUCCAUACGGCAAAGCCUUGGCAUUGUUCAACUUGAAAUCAGGAAUUCUCAAGGUCAACGAAGAAUGGUUUUUGUUGCCUGGGAUAACAUUAGCUUUUAUUCUCUUCAUUCUGAGGAAAGAGGGAUACGGCGUUUUCAUUGUCAAUGGAGAAAACAGAAAGGAGAUGAAUGAUUUAAAUGAAGAUGAUGAGGGUUGUGAUGUGGAAGUAAGAGCGGACAGAUAGAUCACUGUACUGAAGAAAACAACAGACAGAAAUGCCUGAGAAAUGCAGUGUGGUGGUGCCAGGUGCUAGCAACGGAAAUUCUGGUGAUGUAGAGAGCCAAAUUGUGGUGUAUGUAGAAACAUGCGUAGCUGCAGAGAAUGCAGAGACAAGUGAAGAACAAACAGUAUAUGUGGUGGCAGCGGUGGGUAUAGACGUGAAUGUGAUGGUGGUUGCGGCGGCAAGUUGACAUAAAAGGGAGGGGACUCACGGUCCACGGAAGCGGCUUGAGGUUAGCAUCAUGAGGUGCCACGCAAGUAUGCUGUUUGGAAAACUAAAUAAUAAGAUCGAAGGAAAGUAAUUUACAGUAAAAUAAUAAAUGCAUAAUUACUGUUCUGUUAA